GCGACCAUGCCGUCGGGGCUGCCGACCGACACCGCGACCCUGUCAUUGGGGCUGCCGACCGACACCGCGACCCUGCCGUCGGAGCUGCCGACCGACACCGCGACUCUGCCGUCGGGGCUGCCGACCGACACCGCGACCAUGCCGUCGGGGCUGCCGACCGACACCGCGACCAUGCCGUCGGGGCUGCCGACCGACACCGCGACCAUGCCGUCGGGGCUGCGGACCGACACCGCGACCCUGCCGUCGGGGCUGCGGACCGACACCGCGACCCUGCCGUCGGGGCUGCGGACCGACACCGCGACCCUGCCGUCGGGGCUGCGGACCGACACCGCGACCCUGCCGUCGGGGCUGCGGACCGACACCGCGACCCUGCCAUUGGGGCUGCCGACCGACACCGCGACCAUGCCGUCGGGGCUGCCGACCGACACCGCGACCCUGUCAUUGGGGCUGCCGACCGACACCGCGACCCUGCCGUCGGAGCUGCCGACCGACACCGUGACCCUGCCGUCGGGGCUGCCUACCGACACCGCGACCCUGCCGUCGGGGCUGCCGACCGACACCGCGACCCUGCCGUCGGGGCUGCCUACCGACACCGCGACCCUGCCGUCGGGGCUGCCGACCGACACCGCGACCAUGCCGUCGGGGCUGCCGACCGACACCGCGACCAUGCCGUCGGGGCUGCGGACCGACACCGCGACCCUGCCGUCGGGGCUGCCGACCGACACCGUGACCCUGCCGACGGGGCUGCUGCCGUAGGGGCUGCCAACCAACAACUCCAUGACCCUGUCGUCGGGGUUGACGACCAAUCCUGCGACCCAGCUGUCGAAUCUGCCGACCGACGCCGCGAAUCUGCCGUCGGGGCUUCCGACCAAUGCCGCGACCCUGCCGUCUGGGCGGACGACUAACGCCGCGACUUGCUAUCAGAGCUGCCCACUAACUGCUACCCUGCUAGCUGCCAACAACAAAUAGUCGUCGUGUACUCAGACAACUAAGCGCCGGUAACAUCUGAACUGCCACCGACUGGUUAUAAGCCAUCUUCGCUCUGCAACAAACUAACGAAUCGAGUCCCGGUCAAUACGAUGUAGCGCUGCCGUCACAGAGCCCGAAAAAUUACCGAUUGAGGCGGCCUGUUCGACGUCUAAACUUUAUCCAUCGAAUGUGACCUUAACUUCUAACGUGCCAGCAACAUUAUUUUGCUGACUCUACUCACAACAGUUGUUUAAACCAAAACUUUGCUUUAUGGAUAUAAUUGCAACGUAAGUAAAUAUUUUAAGAAAUAUUUUAUCUUUUAACUUGUCGAUCAAAUAAUGUGACGCGUCAUUGUUCAAAAUGCCUUGUGUAAUAUAUUAUGGUAUUAAUUCAAUAUUCUUCAAACAUUAUAUUGCAUUGUGUUGCAUGAAUAAUGGCAAUUUAUUACAGAAUCUGCUGAAUAAUAAUUAAGAUUUUAAUACGCGCAGUAACACACAUUCUUUUGUUAGAUGCUCUUUCUACUAAUGUAUUGAUUUCAGAUGGCAGUAUCCUUAAAUUUUCUUUCUAUUAUUGAUAUAGUAAUUUUGCUUCGUAUACGUUAAUUUAUACUCAUAGUUAUGUUUAAGCAGUACACAUAUAUAUUUUUAUUACUUUUAUAUUUGUCUCAAUGUAUUUCAGCAAAAUAACUUUUUAUUCUAGCGAAAACAUUCCGUAAGCAUUUCUGAAAAUGAAAAAACAAGUAAACGGAUAAGACUACAAGUUAUACGAUAGAAACGAAAUUUCAAAAAGCAUUUAAUGUAAAAAAUCUCAAAUAAAACUUGCUUUAAAAUACUGCUUCGAAUAUUAAGUGGGCAAUAUUUUAGAGUCCACAAAUCAACCAUAAUAUAUACAUAUUAUGGUUGGCGCAAACGGUAAAAGAUUAAACGAAUUAGGAUGAGAGUUAAUGAUUGAUUUAUAAGACGCAUAAAGAUAAUCACAUUAUUUACAUUAUGUACUUAAUUAUAAUUUUUUCUGCUAUGUAUAGACUAAUAUUUCAGGACAUUCCAAAAUACCUAAAUAAAAACAAAAAUAAAUAAAGCACGGCCUAAACACGCACAUAGAAGCUUAACUUACCAAGCUUCCUUCUCUUGGUAUUACAAUUUAAAACGAGGAGUUUUUGCAAAUUUGUUAUGAAAAAUCGGGUGUGUAUAAAAAUAUUACAAGGAUAUUCCAAAAUGUAGAAUAACCACAAGGACACUUUAAAGUUAAUCUCGAGUACAAUCAGAAAAUGUUUUAUAAUAAUAUGAGUGAAAUCGACCAUAAGAAAUCUGCUUAUUCUUAAAAAAUUACGCAAGGAUAAAACCAAUAAGUAUAAUCUAUAAAGUCUAUAAUAUGAAAAGUUUAAAUGUUCGUUUCGGGUACGUAUAAGGAAAUAUUUCAGGAACAUACGAAAUUUAUUAAGUCAUUAGGCCACCUAAAUACAUGGAAAAACAAUCAAGGAAUAAUAUCAUACAACUGAAUUGAGUAUGCUAUAUCGAUAUAAAAUGCAAAAAGAUGAACUAAAUCAGUAAAAUGUGAAAUUAUGAUAAAAGUAUCCGUUACAAUCGGAACUUACGAAGUAUAUGAUAUGUAUGUGUUAAAGCUUUUACAUAUGGUUAAGUGGUGAGCAAUAUUUAAUACUUUGUUAAAACAUCAACAGUGGAGUGAGAUGAAUGAAUUUUAAAUGAGAAUAGAGAAUUUAAAAUGGUUCAAUUUUGGCUUUUCUUCGGUAUAAUACCUAUAUGAAAAGUUUGAAAUUUCGUUUUCGGGUAUGUAUAAGAAAAUAUUUCAGGGACGUAGACUUUUAUACAUGAAGUACACUCAAUUGAUAAUUUACAGUCAAUUAAAUCAGAUCUCGUGAAAAAACGUAUAUGUGGCCUAAUGUAUGCUGAUGAUAUAAAACUAUUAGUUAUCUUAAAUGUGAGAAUUUAAAUAUAAUGUGCUAUGACCGUUCUUCAGUACAAAUAAAAAGCUUCAAAGUUGGUUUUUGGGUAUGUAUGGGAAAAUAUUUCAGGGACAAGAAAUUUCUAAACGGUUAUAGGGCGGACUUUAUACAUAAGAACAAUCAAGGGAUAAUAACAUUCAAUUGAAUAAGAAUGGAGAAAAUAUCUUAUAUCCGCAAAGCUGAUGAUAGAAAAUAUAAAAAGAUGAGCUGAAUGAGUAGUACUAAACCGUGGUAAAAGUAUCAAGUUACGAAUUAUUAUGUUUUGUAUUCUAAAUAAUGCUUGUGAAGUGAGUGGUGAGUAUAAUAUAUAUUACUUAGUUAACAUGCAACAUUACAGUGGAGUGAGAUAAACACAUUUUAAAUGAGUGAAUUUAAAUAUAAUACACGAAGUAUUUUAUAGCAAAUAUGUAACAGUAACAUAUCAGCUUCCAUAAUAAUUAUUAAUUGUUAUACAAUUAAGUUUAGAUUAGAGUGCCUAUAUCUAUAUCUUGUUUAAAUAUAGUGUAUAUUAAUUUAAAUUGUUUAACCAAAUCUCUCUUUAUUCUUAACUUCAUAAAUUCUGUAGGUUGCACUUAUUAUUUUGUCAGCAGGAAUUUAAAUGUGGAAUAAGAUAAAUUUAAAGAUGGAUUUAACGACUUCUUUGUUAUAUUAGAUCAUUUAAAGAUUUACUAAAAGAUCGACAUUAAGGUAUUAUAAUUUAUUUACUUACCAAAGGAGAUUACGAUCUGUUAAAAGGUUUGGAAUUGAGUCAUUGGUUUUUUUUUGUGCCAAAAAGGUAAUAUAAAGCAAUUUUAAACAUUAUUACUUUGAUUUACGACGCCAGGUUUAAAAAGAUUGAGGUAAAUAAUGUUAACUUACCAUCAUAAGUUUCUGUUAUCACAUCUUUAACAGGAAUUCAAAGAUUUAUUUAAAAAAAAACACAAAGAAAUAAUAACGACAGAAUUCCCUACAGAGAAAAAUAUGAGGUAAAAAUUAAUAAAUAUAACUCUGAAAUAAUUAUAAUUUAUAUUAUUUUUUAAUUAAGCAUAGGAUGUGUUAAUUAUUUUUGUCAACAGAACUCCGUAGGCUGGUAGACUAGUCCUAAAUGACAGUAAUUAUAUUAAAGUAUACAUAUAUCGAAACUUAAACAAAUGUCAAAUAGACGCAAGGAAACACUUCGAAAAUUUAUUUUUAAUGAAACAAGUAGUCACUAACAUUUGACUAUCGAUAUAAUUAAUAACACACUUGUUAAUAUUUUUGGAGUGGUACUUUUAUUUUUUGCACAAGCAACUUCUUUUAAAGGUGGGAUGCGCGUAUAUAAUAUUUUAUUCACAGGUAUGAUUAAAAGGAAUUUUUAUAAAAUGUCAGAGUAAGAAAAAUUAACACAAUGCUAAAGUGAAGAAAUAAUCAAUAGAAUCAUGUACAACAUCAAGAGUAGAAUAUCAGCACACAAAAUAGACAGUGUUACAUAUUUUAUGAUAAUUAAGUAAUUCUUACCAAUAGUGAUUUAAAGGCAAACCGUAAAAUUUAUAGUGCUGAAUAUGAGGUAUGCAAACAAUAUAGAACACACAUUAGAACAGAAUACAAUAGGUAGUAACUGGACUGAAAUGUUCUAAAUAAGAAAAGGAAAUCGUUAUUAACCUACAGACAUUAUAUAACCUAGAGAAAUG